AUGAUGCGACUACUAACUUGCUCUGCACUGGUGGCUCUUCCUUUGACGCUGGCCAUCAGCAUCAGGUCGACAGACGUCUGGGACAUAGCGACUGAUAUCCAGGGGCCCGAGCGCCUCAACGGUGUUAGUUACCAGGAAGAUGUGCUGGUCACGUUUGGAGACUACCAAUAUGUCACUUUCUACAGCACGACACCUGCGGGCUACAACAACCACCAUGUCAAUCUUGGCCGUCGCAGGAUUGAGCCGAGUGUAGAACCUUGGGAGUACCUAGCCUUCACAGAUUACGUGCAGCGUACCAUGGACGGUCAUAACAUGAUAUCGAUGGGCAUCUCAGGCGAUGGGCAUGUUCACUUGAGCUUCGACCACCAUGAUGUCCCUCUCAACUAUCGUGUUUCCAAGACUCCCAUUGCCCUCGAAGUACCGGCGACCUGGUCAGAGAGCUUGUUCAAUGAAGUCAUUCACGAGCUUCCUGGUUCCCAAGGCCCCUGGACACCUCUCACGUAUCCUCGCUUUGAGUUGCUGGGCAAUGGGGAUUUACUAAUGGAAUUUCGAAUCGGCCAGUCCGGAUCUGGAGACAGCUACAUCCAUCGAUACUCAAGCUCAACUCAGCAAUGGAAGCCGUACGGCAAAUAUCUCGAGGGCUACGACAACAACGCAUAUAUAAAUGGCCUCAGCUACCUCGACGGUCGGCUGUAUACUUCGUGGACCGUUCGAGAAACACCCAAUGCUGACACCAACCAUGACUUUUAUUUUGCCUAUUCUGACGAUGAUGGUCAAACCUGGUUUAACAGCAACGGCUCGACACUUCCCCAACCCAUCUCGACUGCCCUCGAUGAACCCCUUGUGUGGGAGAUUCCACAGAACAGUCGCAUGGUGAAUCAAGAGGGCCAGCUGGUGGACAGCGCUGGCCGAUUUCACUCGCUUAUGAGGGACAAUAUCACAGGCCAUCAUCUCUAUCAGCAUUUCAUGCGGGACACCGACGGGACCUGGAGCAAGAGCGCGAUCAACCCAAGUGGUCUCCUGGGGCCUGAUCUGUACGAUCCCCGUGGAAAGCUUGCUGCUGAUGCUAGUGGCGAGUACGUGAUUGCGCUCCUACCCGUCGCUGCGACGUCCGAGACGCGUAUCUACGUUGCUUCUACCCGAGAGAAGUUUCGGCAUUGGGUCUUAUUGACGAGCAUCCCAAACACCUCAACAGAACCACUAUACGACCAGGUUCGGUUAAGGGAAUAUGAUGUAUUGAGUGUGUUUGUACGUCAGGCGGGCUCGUACCCCGACCGGAUGCUUCAGGUUUGGGACUUCAAGUUAGAGCUCUAG